AUAACAGAGCGGGGAAGGUACGGGAGACAGAUGAUACUCAUAACUUUAGUAGUGUAGUAUUAGUUAGUCGAAACAAACUUUGUAAAGCACAGUCAAAAUGAUGUAGUGGACACGCUGUUAAGUCUAAAGUGAUUGAACUGGAUAUGCUGGAUUUUGGAUGGUAUAAAAAGAAGUGAUUCAUCUCCCCAAUCGGUCUACAUGGUCUACGGGAUUCUCAGGGUUGUGCCAUUUAAACAGGAAACGUUCUAGUUGUGACAUUAAUUAGUCGAAGUUAUACAUGGAGAAAGUAAAAAUGGCGGCGUCGAUGAAGUUUUGCACCCAUCUUUCCAUCACGAUUACUUUGUUUUAUGCUUUAUGUUUGAGGAUAGAGGCGAAGCCAGCCCAAGCCCUCUCGAGGCAAACCGCUGUCAACAAUAUUCCCCUCGCUCAGACACAGAUGGAAAUGGAAGCAGAUAACGAUGUCUAUGAAAGCGACAUAGAAGAACCCUCCAACAACGACCCCGAAGAAGCGGACAAUGAAAACGAAAACGACAUUGAAGUCGAAUCCGUUGUCGCUGGCGAUGCUGAUGCCGAUUUAGAUGUGAUUGAAGUUGAUGCCGGACCUCCAAACCCCAUUGGUCGUAACGGAUGGACAGGAUCUGGAUUGUGGAAAUCAAAAAAGCGAAACGAACACAGCUCCUUGGCCACAGAGAGUAAAGUAUCCCACAUCGGAAUUGGUUUUGGGGUCGUCAUCCUCGUGAUCGCAGUGGUGGUCGUCUCUGGAUUAGCUAUUAAGAGGCCAGGUUCAAGUAAUACCAGUAAUAUACCUCCCGAACUGAAUAUAGACUAAGGCUCAUAUUUGUCUUAAAUUGAAUAAACAGGUAUAUAAAAUCGGAAGAUAUCAAUAUAUCCCAUGUCCUCCUUUCCCCUUCUUAAACCAGCCCUUCCCUCUCUCUCUCUCUCUCUAGAUUCCACUCUUUAUCUCCUCCCUCAAAUCUCCCUUUCUUUCAUGGGAUUGCCCGAUUAUAUUUUUAUUUGAUUACGAACUUGUUUAUGAACAUUUUGAUAAAGAUAAAUGUAUAUUAUGAUUGAAAGUUUAUAUCAAAUGGAUUUAAAUCAUUAUAAUUGCUGAUAUGAGGUGUUUUUAUUUGCAGUGGGGAAAAUGAUCAAGAGAUGGAAGCAAGGGAGAGUAAAAAGAACGCUGUUGAUGUUAAUGAUGAUCAUAAAUGGAUGAAGGGAAUGAUCUUGAUGAAAAUAGAUCUUCUCAUAGUGUUAAUGCUGUUGAAGAUAAAAUUGAUAAUGAUGAUAAUGAAAAAUUAUGUUUGUGAUUAUGAAAAUGUUAAUGGUGGUGGUGAUGAUGAUGACAUUAAUGCUUAUGAUUAUACUGAUGAUUUCAAUCGCAUAUAUUAUGUGUGAUUGAAAUCAUCAGUAGAAUCAUAAGCAUGAUGCACAUUUCCCAUAACGUUAAUAUGAUGAUGAUUUAUUUUCAGAUAUUUUAUAAACAUCUGAUAAGAAUUUAAAAAAUCGUAACACUUUGAUUUCAAAAGUUAAAAAUGUCCUUUGAAAGAUCUGUUGAAAUACCUCAUACUGAAAACAAUUAGGUUUUCGGCAACUAGUAUAUAUUUUUUAUAAAGAGAGCAAAUAUGAACCAUAUAGCAAAUAACUCAUCAAAAAUUAUUAUGUCUGUAUAUGAGCAUUCUCACACGCGGAGAGGUCAAAUGGGUUAGAAUUGUCAGAAUCAUAGCAACAUAAGUGUUAACAAGCAACUAUCAUAACUGUGAGACCAAUAUCAUUGUUAUCCUGGUUGUUAUCAUCCUUACUUGUCCCAAAGAAUUCCUGAGAAAGAGAGAGAAAGAGAGAGAGAGAGAAAGAGGGAAGAAGGGGAGAGGGGGAAGGGGAGAAGGAGAGGGACAACAUAUAUAGUGCUGAUCAAUAUCGAUGAGAAAUUGGAAGUCUCUCAAGGAAAUCCCUAAAUGGCUCUGAAUAACUGGCGUGACCCAGGGCUGUGUCCUUGCCCUUGCCUUAUUUAAGCCACGAUUUCAUUGAUAUUAUCUGUAAAUGGCUAAAUGCAGAAAACCACUCAAGGAAUAUUUACUUAUUAAAGUAAAGUGAUUAGCUCGAUUACUUUCACUGGACGUUAUAUAACGACAUGACUAUUGUCUACGAUAUUCGUCACUUUUUU